AUGGCUGCUCCGCUGCUCCUCAGAGGGUUCCCGCUUCUCCGGCUCCGCUUCUGCAAUCAACGUCUCCAGAGUCCUAGCUUCGUAUUACUUGCUCCAAGGCUUUUUUCAGCUUCUUCCGAGUCGGGUCAGCCCUACGAUGACGCUGCGUCCAUUGAGGACAAUACUACCACCGUUCUAAGGACCAAGGACCCGCCCAAGUACCCGAGGUGGCCCGACCCGGACUAUAGAAAAUGGAAAGAACGAGAAACUCAGAUACUCAAAGACAUUGAGCCCGUUAUUUUCCUUGCCAAAGAAAUUAUCCACUCCGAUAG